ACCAAUGUGAACAGUACUCCACAAUGUCUCGAAAGAGCGUUGCCUCUAUUAUGUCAUUUUAUUAGAAUCUAUUUUAUAAAUAUAAAUGAUAGGUCAAUAUAUUAUUAAACAUGCAUUCUCACAUAAUCCUAAACAAGAGCGAGGAAGAAUUAACUGUGGAAGAAAAAUGGAGGCUAGAACAUAUAAAAGUGCAUGCGCAGCAUCAGGGGCACGAAUCAAUGCAUGCACGAAUGCUGCUCAUUUUAUUAGUAACACUAUUAGUAGCACAGGUUGUAUUAGUUAAAUGGAAGAAAGUGCAUUAUAAAUCAUAUCAGUUUGUUACACUAAUUGCUAUGUGGAUUAUUCCAUUUGGAUUGUGUCUAAAAAACCAUUGGUGGAGGUUUAUAUUUCUUUGGUUAGUAUCUUCUUGUAUAACAGGACUGAUAGUAAGAAAGGCUAUUCAAAAGCCUAUUGCAGGUACAACACCAAGAUUGGUGUACAAAUGGUUUCUUUUUAUUUAUAAACUUAGUUAUGUGUUGGGUAUAAUAAGUUAUAUUAUAAUGUUGGCUACAUUUUUUGGUUUAAAUCUCAUAUUUGAGGUGAAGCCCGAAGUAUGGAUGGAUUGUGCUAUACUUCUGUUAUUUUACGGUCUUUAUUUCGGAGUGUUAGGAAGAGAUGUCGCGGAAAUUUGUGCAGAUAAAAUGGCUUCACAUGUCGGAUAUUAUGUACCAGGGCAAAUGCCUACAAGGACUUUAGAGCCAGGUGUGUGCGCUGUAUGUGGUAACAAACUAUUAGUGUCAGAACAUGAGCCUGGUGUUAUAGAGGAUACGUAUAAACUUUCGUGCGAGCACGUCUUUCACGAGUUUUGUAUUAGGGGAUGGUGUAUCGUAGGAAAAAAACAAACGUGUCCAUAUUGUAAAGAAAAAGUUAAUCUAACGAAAAUGUUCCGUAAUCCAUGGGAACGUCCUCAUGUUUUGUACGGUCAGUUACUGGACUGGAUCAGGUGGUUAGUUGCUUGGCAACCAUUAAUUUUGUUUCUUGUUCAAGGUAUCAAUUGGGGCCUAGGCCUCAAAGAAACGGAACCUUCCGAUUCCGAUGGCGGAAACGGCAAUGCGACGGGCCUAGCAUUCGGUGCACUAUAAUGUAACUACCAGAGUCAAGUAGUCACCUUCGGACUCGUUAACGAGAGCACCAAAUACAUAUAAAUAUCUAUUUAUACAAUUACGAGUAAAAUCCUCUCGCUAUUGUCGUGGGAGAGCCUGUACGACAGGUGUGAACAUAGACAAGGUGGGAACAUUUAACGGAGUCGUAUAGCGGGCCCAAUUACGUGAAAAUAGGGUGACAAAGGCGAACGAUCGGUAAACAGAUUAGGUCGUGUAUGGAUUCAGACGCCACGAAUAUCGACAGGAACUGGCAGGAUGGGUCAAGGGGCAGACAAUCACAAACACGGGGAAAUUUUAUAGAUAUAUUUAUUGAGUACUUAGCGUGUAAGAGUAUAGAAUAUAUGUUACCUUAUUGUUAAAUAUCAUUACAUGGUAUCAUAUAUAAUGAUGUAUUCUUUAAAAUAAACCUCGCGCGGACAGAUUGCGCGUUUCCGUCUCCUGGCGUGUGUGUGUGUGUAUGUGUAUGUACGUGUCUCAAUGUCUGCGUUCAAGAGUAUUUACAUAAUGAUCGCAAUUAAUAUGUACAAUCUCCACGAAAGGACGAAAAGAAAAAAUACAGAAGAACGGACGAACUGCGACGACCGCCCCGUGAAACGCGUCUCGACGAGAGGCGUCUCAUGGGGGACCUUCCUCUUUACAUUCAUCCGUGUUUUGCGAUCGCCGACAACGUAUUGCCGAGGGAGGGGAAUCACUGUUCGUAUUCAUUUCGACAGGAUGUCCCGCUUGGUAACCGUAAAACACUGUUUGCCAGCUGAUUCUGAACCUUUGUUGUACAGGAAACGGCCAUCUUGAAAUCUUAUAGUCGUUUUCUGAAUACACUCUGCUUUUGUAUUGAAAUUUCAAGCUAUCGUUCUUGCAAAUGUUAACAAAAUAUUGUUGUUUAUAUUGGAAUAAUCGUAAACGAAUGCUAUUAUGGGUUAUGUUAAAGAUAAGGUUGAGUACUUGCAACGAAACGGCCAUUUUGAAAUCUUAUACUCGUUUUCUGAAUAGAAAUUUGCUUUUGUAUAGAAAUUUCAAGCUAUCAUUCUUGCAAAUGUUAACAAAAUACUGUUGUUUAUAUUGGAAUAGUCGUAAACAAAUACGAUAUCAAGUAUGAUGAAUUGAAAUAGACUUAAUAGUGAACCCUUUCGCUACUACAGGCGAUAUAGUUAUUUUACAUCGAGUAUCUUUUCCUGGAAUGCAACAUCAGUAUUUUGUUUUUAUCAUUUAAGUUUUUUUUUCCUAAUAAACACCGUCAAACCAACUCCGGAUUGCAGUGAAGUGCAAACAUGGCCGCUGACGAUCUUAUUAGAGCACCAUGCACGUUUUUGGCGCGGUGGUCUGUUUAGGGGAAGUACCGCGGCGGAAAAUCCGCUCGUAGCGAAAGGGUUAGAUAGAAUCACACUUGACAUCGCGAUUUAAAUGAUAUAACGAAUGAAAAUAGACUUUUUCGGUUAAGAACGACUGGUUGAACAGCGCUGAAAAAGUUCGGUUACCACGCGUCUCUGUACGAAAGCAUGAAGGGCUCACACGGUUGUACGAAACUAUCGGUAACGCUAAUUACGGAUACCCUAGAGAUCCUCGACACGUCGUGUGUCCGAUCCACUUGAAAACUACCCCUCGUGAGC